UUCAUGUUUUAAGUGGGUAUACGACAGCGUGUUCCCCUGUGUUCCAGUCACAUACCUAAGCUGCAGCUCCUCUCUUCGCCAGAGUUCUAACUGUUAGUUUGUGCAAACAUGUUCAGAGAUGGCUACAAGAGCUGGAGUCGAGAAGUUCCCCAGAGAGCGAGGAUGUGUAACGUGAUCGUGACGUCCCGGACGUUGCUGUGGUGCCUGUUGACGAUCGCGACGACGCUGGCCAUGCUGGCUGCUGUCGUCACGCCCACCUGGCUCAUAGGCGCCCCCAGGCGGCCUGGAGUCAGAGCGAGGGGAGACACUGCGGAGCGAGACCUCUACUCGCCAUCCCUCGGCAUCUACAACCGCUGCAUCAAGAUCCACGAGAUCAACCGCAUGUACACAGACAACUGUGCCCCCUUCGUGACCAGCUUCGCGAUGCCCUCCGAUCAGUUCCCCAACUUCUGGAAGGCCUCUCUCAUCUUCUUCGGGUGCGGUCUCUCCCUCAUGCUCGUCACCCUCCUCUCCUCCAUCCUCGGAUGCUGUGUCCAGAGCAUCUUCAAGAAGAGCAUCUUCACCGUCUCGGGAACCAUACAGGCCAUCGCAGGUUUAUUUUACAUUCUUGGCCUCAUGUUAUACCCAGCGGGAUGGAACAGCAGACGUGUUCACUUAAUCUGUGGAGAUAAAGCCGAACCUUUUAACACAGGCGACUGCACAUUAGGACUAGCGUUUUAUCUUGCAAUUGGCAGCACAUUAGUGACAUUUAUUUGCUCCGUUCUAUCAGUGCAAGCAGAAGUAUCAACAUCCACAGACAAAGUUCAAGAAGAGAUUUUAGAAGGCAAGACGUUGAUAUGUCUCUUAUAAAAGGCGUGCAACAAAAUAUCAAUUGACUUGGUGCUAAAGAAAUUCCAAUCCACUAUUUUGCAGAACUAAAUUGCUUUCCUCAGAUAUGAAGUAUUGGCAUUACUUUAAUACUUUGGACUGAAGAAUUUUAAAUUACUUACUUCCAAAG